UGGCUCCAGCCGGGUUUGGAGAGGAAACGAGCAGGCGGGCUCCUAGAGGCGAGGCGGGGUGGGGCGGGGCGGGGCGGAGUCCGGCCGGACAGGCGGGACUCUGCGCCGGGUGAAAGGCGGAGCAGGGUGGGCGGCCCGGCUGUGCUACCGGCCGUCCGAGAGCUGCGGGGACUGGAGACCUGGCUGCCCGGGGCAGGAGCGCGAAGGGGAAGCGCCGAUGGCUCCCUUGGGACUCGCCACGACCCCCGGCGCUGGGGGCAGCUGGGACGGCUACCAGCUGACUCCCGCCUUGGAGGCGGGCUCCGCCCUGGCUUCAUCCAGUGGAGGGACAACUCCAUCUCCUACGAACAAUGCUGGGACUAGACACCCAGAAUAUGUUGCCAUUGGACUAGUUCCAGUUUUCUUCAUCAUGGGACUUCUGGGAGUCUUUAUCUGCCAUCUGCUUAAGAAGAAGGGAUAUCGUUGUACAACAGAAGCUGAACAAGAAGUUGAGGAGGAAAAAGCUGAAAAGAUAGAAUUGAAUGACAGCAUCAAUGAAAAUAGUGAUACCGUUGGACAGAUUGUCCAUUACAUCAUGAAAAAUGAAGCAAAUGCUGAUAUUUUAAAGGCCAUGGUGGCAGAAAACAGUGUAUGUGAUCCUGAAAGCCCUUUGACUCCUAGUACUCCAGGCAGCCCUCCGGUGAGUCCUGGUCCCUUGUCACCGGGAGGCACUCCAGGGAAGCACAUGUGUGGCCAUCAUCUCCAUACUGUCGGAGGGGCGGUAGAAAGAGAUGUGUGCCAACGCUGCAGACAUAAACGGUGGCACUUCAUAAAGCCAAGUAAUAAAGCGAAAGAAGGAAGAAGUCGGCGCCAAGGAGAGGUGACAGUUCUUUCUGUUGGCAGGUUUAGAGUUACAAAAGUGGAACACAAGGCUCAUGCCAAGGAACGGAGAAGUCUCAUGUCUGUGAGCGGCACAGAAAGUGUCAACGGCGAGGUGCCCGUUACCCCUGUGAAACGGGAACGAAGCGACACGGAAUAGGCGGGGGAGUUUUAUUCGAAGACACUUUAAAGAGACUGAAAACUUAGGAAUGAAGCUCAAAGCCAAUUGCCUGAGGAAAUAUUUUCUUAGAUCUUUUGUACCAUUUCUGCGCUGGGUGUCUAAGACUCAAAAAUGGACCACCAUCAUUGUAUUAGAUGCCAGGCUCCGUGUAUCGCCUUUAUAAUUGGUUUCGCCUCUUAUGCCUUACGGAAAGUUUAUCAAAUUUUCAAGAAAGGCAAGAUUUGGUAGUAUUUUUAACUUACUAGCCUCUUCCUUUGCUCUUGUGUACAUAACUCAGAGUCUUCUCAUUUCAGUAACAUGUAUGUACAGUGGGACUGCUAAUGUAUAGUUUGAGAUUGUGCUUUUUUUCUCUGUGGUAUGCCUCUUUUUUCACUCAAACUCAUUUUUUUCUCUUUGAUUUUUUUUUUUAAAUCUGGUGAGAAAGGGCAGCAAACAUCACCAGUUUUAAGGGCACAGAAGUGAUGGGCAUUGAUCUUGGGAUGCUCCUCCUCCACUUUUAUGCUAAUCACAUUUUGUCCCUAGACUACCUGUGGCUUCCUUUUAGGGAGUGACUUAAAUUUGGCCAUAAUCCCAUUUCAGUGACUAAAAGUGAUUUUAAAAGCCCAUCAAACAAAACAGUUUUUUUUUUUCUUGACAGCCUAAGGCCCAAACAAGCAUCUCUGCUAUAGGACCAGGGGCUGAAACUUCUUCCAAACUUUUUUCAUGGUGUAGUUACUGGCCUUAGGUGUUGAUAAGCAUUCAUGUGAUACUGCUUAUAAAGCCUUGCAGGUGUGUUCAUGGCAGGUGAGGGCAGACAUUUUAGAAGGAGCAGUGAUGGAAGGAGCCAGACAAAACCUGGCACUACUUGGGGUUUUGUUAUUUAGGCCAAGUGUUUCCAGAUCUCUAUCAUUCUCCUUAAAUAAUUAAAAAAAAAAAGAAAUGAACUUACCAUCAUCAGCUUCCCAAAAGAACACCUCUGUGUCAGUGGGCUUUUAAGUAUUACUGUAAAUAUACUUUUCUUUUCUAAAUCUAGCAAAAAGUUUAAGAUAUUACCAAUUCUCAAGAUGAUCAGUAGAUUUAAUUUUGCCUUAAUUUUUUUUUCGUAAGGCAAUAUGGUACAAUGGUUAGAGAGCUGGCCUUGUACUCAUGAAGAUGUGGUUUAAUUUCCACCUCGAAGCAUGUCAUUUAAUUUUUCAGUGCUUCUAAUAAUUCUCUUAAAAUUAUAAGUUGCAUAAAAAGUACAGAUCAGAUUUGAUAGAGGGAAUUUCCUCACUGGGAGUUCCCUAUGUCAAUGAAAUCUUAGGUCCAUUUUAAAUUUGUCAAAUUUCUAACAAAUCUAUACUUGAAUAGUUGGAUAUAUGUUGGAUACAUAAUAAAAAAAAGAUGUAAUUGUGGAAAUAAACCUCCCUGAAUUCCAGAAAAUUAUAAGGGAUUUUUUUUUGAGAGUGUAAAUAUUUUUUAUUAAGUCAAG